AUAUGAUGAUCGAUAUCAGUAGGAAAGCAACAACAACAAUCACAAAAAUAGCAAACACACAGCUAGGUAAUUACGUAUAGAUAUGGAAGGUGGCAGUUCUUCUAAGGGAAAAAGCAUGCAUUAUGAUGAUAGGAAGGACAGCGAAGAGGUCCGAUACCGUGGCGUCAGGAAGCGACCAUGGGGUAAGUACGCAGCCGAGAUACGUGAUCCGAACAAAAACGGGCAGAGGACAUGGCUCGGAACAUUUGAUACUGCUGAAGAUGCAGCUCGUGCUUAUGAUCAAGCAGCUUUCAACCUUCGCAGUCAUCUUGCUACCCUCAAUUUUCCUAAUGAGUACUUAUCGAAACUACCUGAACCUCCUUCUUACAAGACGUCUGCAAGGUCAUAUUCAACUGCUUCCGGAGGUUCAUCUGCCGGAAGAGAGAAAAAUGUGAUCGUAUUUGAGUACCUCGACGAUCGUCUUUUACAGGAUCUUCUUUAUCAAACAUCACAGGAGAAGAAAAACUAACCUCUGGUUUUUGCUCAUGUUUUCUGAAUCAAACAGAAUAACCUCUAAGAGUAUCAAUAUAUACAGUUGCUAGAAAGUGCAAUCAUUACCUCUAAGAGUAACAAACAGUUUUCCUUUGAACUAUCUGUUAAACAUUUUAUAUGUGUUUCACGUUAAUAACUUUGAUAAGAUGAUACGAAUAAACUUAAUCGAAUAUAUAUACUUAUUCUUAUAAAGUGGAUUAUUAGUGU